AUGCGGUCGCGAGCCUCCGUUAAGCCGUCCGACUACCCGGCGCUGCCAUUUCACAGCAUCCGCUUUGUGACGUUCCUGUCGUCCCUCGUGGUCGCUAUCAUCCUGGCCGUGUUUACCUACCAUCUCCAUGCCGACGGGUACAAGUUACCAUUUGCCUUCCUGAUUCUCCUCGUCGCCUCCUUUCUCUCUAUACUCAAUAUCAUCCUGACCGCCGUCGCCAACUGCGCCUGCGGGCUCUCCGCUAAGCUCUCCAUCGUGCUCAACGCCCUCCUGCUGAUCCUCUGGCUUCUCUCCCUCGCCCUACUCAGCUACAACAUGUCCGGUACCAUCCUCACAAAGUGCACGACCGAGUACUGGGCCACGUCCACCGGCAUCUCGGUCUGCCGCUCGUACAAGGCCCUCUUUGCAUUCACCGCCGUGGGGGUCGCCGGCUACAUCGCAGCGAUCUGGUUGGAUAUCAUUGUGCGGCGCCGCCAGACCCGUCUCGGCGCCUAUAAUCCUAUGGGUAGCACGGCAGCCGUGGGCGAAGACCCCUGGGAUGUGAAGCUUGCCGAUCGGCGCGACUCGGUCUCGAAUGCGAACUACGAUGCUGUGUCGCAUCCGAUGUCUGGGGCUGCCAAUGGCCCGUACUCGCACUCCCUAGAGCAUGGGCAUGCGGGUGAGGCGGCGCAGUAUUAUGAUUCGGCGCCCGCGGCGAGUGGUCGGCGCGCUCCUCGAGUGCGCUUCAGCCACGGCGGGUAUCAGCACCCGGCUGAGCAGACGGGCUAUGAUCCUGCUGCAUAUCGCUGA